AUGGCAGCUUUUGCAGUUUUCCGGUUGCCAGAAGUGUUUAAUCAAGCUAUAGCCAUUCAUCCCCGGGGCGGAAUUGAUCAUCGAAAACAGCCUCUCUCAAGAUGGAGAUCAAAAUCUACGUCGAUCAGAUGUUGCAUGCGAAUUCCUGAUCAAAAACAAAGAAUGGGUCAGAACUAUUACGAGUUGCUUGGGAUAUCUGUUGACUCCAAUCCUCAGGAAAUAAAAGAAUCCUACAGAAAGCUACAAAAGAAAUAUCACCCAGAUAUCGCAGGCCAGCAGGGUCAUGAACACACCCUUCUGCUGAACGAGGCAUAUAAUGUGUUAAUGAAUGAUGAUCUACGAACAAAUUAUGACGCCUCUAUUGGGCAUGUACGAGUCCGGUUUGGAGGAGAAGCAUUAAGCAUGGGUUACAGCUCAUGGAAUGGCCCCUUCCGGCCCCAAGCCCUCUUUGUUGAUGAAAAUGCUUGCAUAGGUUGUAGAGAGUGUGUACACAAUGCCAGGAAUACAUUUGUAAUGGAUGAGACUCUUGGAUGUGCUCGAGUCAAUGUCCAAUUUGGAGAUGAUGACACAAACAUCGAGGUAGCAGUUGAAUCAUGCCCAAUGGACUGCAUCCAUUGGGUGGAGAAAGAAGACUUAGCCGUGCUCGAGUAUCUAAACAUGCCACGAGCUAAACAAGGGCAUGGUGUAUUUGGACAAGGAUGGGAAAGACCUGCAAACGUAUUCAUGGCAGCCAAGACCUUCCAGAAGCAGCAGAAGCAGCAACAGGCUGAAUUCCAACGAAGAAGUGUAAGACGUGAUGUGGAAAAAGAAACAGCAGCACAAGCACAGGCUCGAGAAAGUGCAAGCUUAAAAUUAAAGAUGGAAAAGUUAUCAGGAUUGUGGGAAUGGAUGAAGAAAAUCACACCUCAGCAAUGAAAAAUGGAUUACGGUAGCAAACAGCAAGUACAAAGUGUACGCUACUGCUGAUAAGUAAAUAAAGAUAUACCAGAUAGGUUUAGAAAAUCAAACAUUAUCAUGGUCUUUUUGCAAUAUCCUUUUAUAUAUUUUUAUAGAUGUAUAUGAUCACUUACUGAUGCAGAUAAAGUUCAACAAUAACUAUCCACACUAUGCACAUUUGGUUCUCUA